AUGUCGGGUUGGGGUAACUUUUUUAAUGUGUUUGAUAACGAGGCGAAUCAGGGGAGUUAUGAUAACAAUGAAGAUAACAAAGCGGGCAUGUUUGAUCUGAAUGCUCCGUUCGAUUCCAUUCUUGCGUCGGAUGCAGGUCAGGAUAGUUGGGGUUUGGAUGCCAUUCAGCCUAAUUAUGCUGGUUAUUAUCCAUCGCAACACCCGGUUAAUUUUGAAGCCCCUCCUGUUAGUUUUGGACCACCGACUGAUAUUUCUCAGUCUCCUCCCAUAAGUGAUGGACCGCCGGAGUGUCCAAAUGCUGACCAGGAACGUAGUGAGUUUCAAAACAAGCAGAUAUUCGCUAGCAUGGAUGAAUUGGUAGAGUGGUGUAGAGAUGUUGGACGCGUAAAUGGCUACGCCCUCGUCACCAAAUGCACCAUCUACGAUAAACAGGGUAGCGAGGGUCAUCCGUCCCUAAUGAGGCUGACUCCAUCAGAAGAGAGGACGGUGGAGCAAAUGACGCAUCAGAACAUAAAACCACGAGACAUUCUUGCUGCCAUUAAAGAACAGAACCCCCAUAAUGUCUCAACAAGAAACACCAUAUACAACGCUCGGGCCAAAUUGGGUCGAAUGGAACAAGUCGGCGAGACUCCAAUGCAGAUACUUUUCGACCGGUUGGGGAAGGUUGGGUUUGUUUUUUACCAUAGAACAUCUCAAAACGGCGAACGGGUCGAGGAUGUUUUCUUCAUCCACCCAGAGUCGAACAUGUUGUGGCGCGCCUUCCCGCAUGUGUUACUUAUAGACGCCACCUACAAGACGAAUCGGUACAAAAUGCCGCUUGUCCAGAUUAUCGGCGUUACAUCCACGUUGAUGUCGUUUUGCAUUGCUCAUGCGUUCGUAAGCAACGAGAAACAGGAAAACUUCACAUGGGUUCUACAGAGGUUGAAACACUCAUUAGACAGUGUUAUGGAACCCCGUGUAAUAGUAACGGAUAGAGAUCGCGCCCUAAUGAACGCAUGUGCAACCGUGUUUCCCAGGGCUAGACAUUCAUUGUGUAGGUGGCACAUACAGCAAAACAUCUUCAAAUAUUGCAGGAAAAGCUUUAAAACAGAUGAUCAAUGGGAAAGGUUUCUUUACAGGUGGGGCGAGCUAAUUAAGUCAAGACCAAUCAUGACUACAACUACUGAGAUUAUGAACUAUUUGGAUUCAAUCUGGUUACAACCAUAUAGAGACCGGUUUGUUUCGUUCUGGAGCGACCAACAUCUGAACUUCGGUCAACGUACAACGAACAGGGCAGAGGGUCAACAUGCCCUUUUGAAGCAGUACCUAGGCGACUCUAAUUACACCCUGGAGAAAGUGGUACCACUUAUCGAUAAGCUCAUAAGAAACCAGGUGACAGAAAUCAGAGCCAGCAUUGAAACAAGCAGGAGCCGAACAUUGGGUCAUCAAAACAAACCAAUAUUUAAUAUCCUACUAAAGAAGGUUUCACAUGCCUGCCUAGAGUUGAUAUCAGACGAAGUAAAUGAAAUAGAAAAAUUAAUGUUAUAUAACCGUACAUGCGCGUGCCGUUUGUAUACAAGCUGUGGGUUGCCGUGCGCGUGUCGGUUGGAACCGUAUACAACGAAUGGUGAAAUGAUCCCGUUGGAGUUGAUAGACCCUUUUUGGAGAAAGUUAAAUUUGGACUCCAUAGUGGAACCGAGCAAGGUGGACUCUUUCGACUUAAACGGCGAAUUUGCGCUUCUCAAACAACAUUUAAGUGCUCAGCCGAGAGAACUCAAGAAAAACUUGAUUCAAAAAAUGAAGGAUUUGGUACAACUCAAUAAGACGAAGCUUAAACAACCAGUUGUGCAAAAAAACACACGGGGUCGUCCAACUUUAAAAGCUCAGCAACAAAGGAAGGAUGAUUCGUUUACGGAGCCUUCUAGACACAACUUUUUUACAACGCAGGACCAGCAUAGUGAUUCACAAGAUGGGUUUGGCACACAAGAGUCAGCGAUCGAACCUACCAGGCACAGCUCGUUUGUCGAGUCACAAAGUUAUUGUACUGAAACACCUAUGUUCCUCGGCGAGAUUGCGAAAGGCGCUAAGAAUUCGAAAACGAAAAACAAGGUCGCAAAAUCAAAGGAAGAGCCACCAGAUUUACCUUUGCUGCCUGUCGGACAAGUUAAUAUGUUCUUGCACUACCAAAAGUUCAUUCCACCGUGCUUCUAUCCACACCUCAGUCACAUACAAAAUGUGCAGGGUGAUGACGAUAUGGCUGAGUCAUCAGCAGCUGGUGCGGCCCGUGGAGGUCGAGGUCAGGGUCAGGGUCGGGGCCGUGGACGUGGACGCGAACGGGGACGUGGACGUGGACAGGAGGAGGAGGUUGUGCCCGAUUUUACUGAGACGGGGCGGUUUGUUAGAGAUAUCCCCCGAGGUACCGUUGCCUAUAGGGUUUUGGGCAAAUUACGGGAGAUGGUGCUGGAUGCGCCUCGGACCAUAGAUUUUUAG